AGUUAACAAUGAAUAAGGAGGAGGAGAAUGAAAUUGACUCACCUAAACCAUGACUUCUCCAAGAUUUGUGACUAAGAUUGUUGGAGGAAAAUUAGUUACAGUUCCAGACUACCGUGGUUUGCCAUCAUCACGGCAGAGUGGCCUCAGUGCUACCUAUCCAUGGGGAAAAUAUGAUCCCAGUCCAACAUCUAAAAUAGGUGGCACAUCUUACCCUGUCCUUCCACCUAUCUCUGAGGGUAAGCAAACUUUAAACAAUUCAAGCUUAAUUAUGCAAAAGAAUGAUUGUUAAAUUUAAAUAUCAUAAAAUUAUAGCUCGCUUGUACAUAAAGUGAGAAUGGUAACAAUUUUAUGAUAUCACUUGUAAAUUUAAUUUAUUAUUUGAGGAGGAUUAAUUGUUAUCAAUAUUCUGUACCAUACAUAUUGCUUAAUUCACACACUUUAAAAUAGGAGAAUGACAGAAAUUAAAUAAUAAUCUUUUUCCAACUUUUCAUAACCUAACUUUGUAUAUAAUGCUCACAAAAAUUAAGUGAGUCAGUUUGGAGGUGCUAGCUUCCUUAGGAUGUGGUCAACCUAAUGCAGGGAUCUGGCAUCAAAUGUCAGUUUGUUGAGAAUUGUCUCUCAUUAAGUGGUUAAAAAUUUUCUGUCUCUUCCUGCAGAAAAAAAAAAUAAAACUUCAAACAGCAACUUGAUUUGGAGAUGAACAGGAAAGCUACAUCAUGAAUGUGCCAAUGCCAAAAUCCAAUUCUAUUUAAUGCAUCCUCUAUAUUACUUCACAUAGUUAGAUACUAGUUAGUGAUUGUUUGUCCCAUUUACUAAGGGUUGCACAUGUACUAAUUUCUGAACUUUUUCGUAUAAUUUAUGUUUCACCUCUGACCAAUCAAUUUCAGACCGCCAACUUGCUCAAAAAGUAGCAGAUGCUCUUAAGAAUGUCAGCAAACAGAAGCUUUUAGAUGUGAAACACAAGUUGUCUCUCCUGGACAAGGACCGCUCUGGUCGAAUUACCACAGAAGAACUCAGACAAGUUCUCCUGUAUUACCACAUACUCAUACUUGGUCCUACAUUGAAAGCUCUUGUCAAGAAGUUUGAAGUUGAUAAUGGCCUUGGAGUUCUUCAUGAACCGCUGGCCAGAUAUUUGUUAGGUGAUUGCUAAAUGUAAUUGAAAUAUACUUUAUAACUCUCAUGUUAGUAUCUUGUUUAUGCCACCUGCUAUUUUUGCAAAAAACUUGACCUAAAAUGCUGACUUCCUUUUCCCAAGAUUACAAAAUCUCAAACUGAAUUUUAAGGUCUCUAAAAUAUCAAGAAACUUGUUUGUUUUAAGCUGAACAUGACUUACACAAUUACAUUCAAUGAUGUGAUGUCAUUUGCAAGAUUAAAAAUAAAAUUAAUGAUGAUUGAUAUUUUUUAAAAUACAUUUAAAGAACAGAUUGUUGCUUUAAGGGUGCAGCAAAAAAAGCUUCAAGCUGUUUGUUAGUGUCAAGGAAGCUUUAGCUAGGCUAUUUAUGAUUGAGAACAGGUUUAUUUACUUGGUGUUACUUUGGGUUUAUCUGUGAAGUUCUUUUAUUUUUCCAAUUUCCAAACUGUUUAACAUCAAAUCUUUAAAUAACUUUAAGAAAUGAAAAUUUUUUAAUUUACAGAUAGGUUGAAGGCAGGACUUUUGUGUUCAAGUGAUGUUUCCCUUUUUUUCAAAAUCUACAGACUGUCAUGCAUCAGAGGGUUGGCAAGCUAAAACCAAAUUAAGUGCUGUUGGUUUGUCAAAUCCUGUGCUCUCAAGUACUACUCAGUCUGCCAGUGGUAAAAAUGAUGCCCAGCUGCUGCUAGAAGUUGAAAAUGAGCUGAUGCAGGAUAAUGGAAAUUUGGACAGCAAUGAACUGAGGACUUCACGUCAGAACUAUGACAAAGUAAGAAUUUAUUUUCAGUGGAAAAUAAAUAAUGCAGUUGUGUAACAAAUAAUGCACUUUGUUGCAUUUGCCAUAUUCAUUUCUAAAAUCAAACAGUACAGUUAACUAUAUUGAACAAAAUAAUUUUGUUGACAAUUAUUGUCAGAAGGGUAUCAAUUACGACAUUCUGAGGAUAAAGGCAAGGAUGUUAGUGACUGGGUGACCACUAAGCAUGUUGGUCACAGGGUAGGCUGCUCUGUAGCAUCCAGAUUUGAGAGCUCUUGGUGUACUGUAUUGUGUACUUUUAUGAGAUACACAAUCCCACACUGCUUCUCUCCAUUACUUUUCUACAUCCCUACAGUUAGUCACUGCAUUUUCUUUCAUUUUACUUAUUUCUUCUUUGAAAACAUCAAGAAUUGGUGUAACAGCCAUUUGAAUAGGAGUGGUAAUCACCAUAUGUUGGGUAAUUACAGCAAGAUCGCAUAGUUCUUGACCAAUCAGAGUGUGUGCAUCUCUAUAAUCACAUGGGCAACUUAACUAAUUACAGUUGGUUUGAAUGCCAUGUGCAGCUCCUUAUUCAUAAUUUAUGGUUUAGACGAAUGUCCACCUGAGUCGCUCCUUGUUGGAAAAACUGCUUGUAAGGUUUGAUACAGAAGGAAGAGGCCGUGUUAAGUAAGUGUCCACUACAUACAAAUUGCUAAUUUAAUGUCAUUUCUUAAUAAUUUGGGCUAUUUGUGGUGAACAUGAGUUAGCUGAAAGUAUUUGAAACUAAUCUGUAAUAUGUAAAUUCUCUGAAGAUCAAAAGAAGAAAUUUACAAUGACCCAGCUAGAAGCAGUUUCAGAUUGUAAAUAGUAAUCAUAGUCUUAUCUGCUGCCUGCCAAAGCAGCAGAUGAUAUUGGCAGGUGAUACAGGGAAUACAAAACUUACUGAUCAUUGUUUUUAAAAAUCUGCAGUUUAUUUGAAGUAGGAGUUACCAAAUUUAGUGUCAUCAUGUAAUUGCUUGCAAAACAUUCAGUAAGUGAACUUUUUUAGUGACUUUCCAAUUUUUUUUAGUUGGACAGAUAUGUCAAGAUUCCUUGAAAAGGCCAUGUCUGUAGCUGCUCUUGGAAACUCUCUGAGGUCAGAAGAGAAACUGUCCAUUAAAAAUAAUGGCAAAACUAGUGCUACAGUGGUGAAAAAGCAUGACAGCAACUUUACAACUACCACAGAAACACAGACCAGCUCAGGUGAAUGCUUCAUGCAAUAUUUGAUUUAUUAAAGGUUCUAUUUAGUACAGUUAAAUGCCUUGCACAUACUGAUGUUGGACCUACUAGACAUGAGAAACUUGGGAUCAAUGUCAGUAUCUGAAGAACUGCGCACCUACUCCUCCCCUAUUCCAACAUUGACCCUAACUUGUUAUUACUUGACUGUUGUUGAGUCAGGAGAGGGGUAGGUGUACAGUUGCUUGGGCACUGACAUUGAUCUCAAACUUGUUGUGUUUUCAAAGCUGAGUUUUGACAAUAUGAGAACUAUAUGCCAAAAGGUCUUUUUUGUUAUCAGGUAGUAUGUAUGAAUCAUUUUGAUUUGCCAUUUCAUCACUUAUUCUAACCAUUCUUGAAUCAAUGUAUGAUUAUUGUUUGCACUUUGGCCAACUGACAGAUCAAUUUUUGAACAGCAAGGACUUGCAAACCUAGGCAGUUGUGUUGGGUGAAUGAGACUAAGUACCUUGCAUAGCAAUUUUUAAACUGUCUAAUAUUUUAAUCUUUGCUUUCAAGGUAUAAAAAGAAAUAAUUCUCAUUCCUUACAGUUGUCACUGUAAAGUAAAUUUUGCUAAUAUUCUGCUCUGGAUUUACAUUUUUCAUAUAAAAGAACAAUAAGCCUUUAAUCCCAGCUGCCACUCUGAUUCUCUGGGCAGGUACGAGAAAUAAAUCAGGUGACAAUAGUGUUAAAUAUCAAACUAGUUGAACAUGUCUUAAUCUUAAAUGUUAACGAUUGAAUGUUAAAGCAAUGAGCUAAAUACACUAAUAUAAAACACUUUGAAACUUAUGAAAUGUAAAUGCAGAUCACAGAGCACGUUUUCCAAGGAAACAUUCUGGCCUUAAACACAAUGACAACAAUUUUAAAAGGACUUUGGAAGAUAAAGGUAAAGAUUAAAUAACUUACACACUAAUUUAGAAUUUUUGUCCAAUUUUUUUUAUGAACUAAACAAGAUGUUCUGCAAUUUAAACUGCUAGUCUUUCGGUGCCUCUCUUAUUUAGGGAUGUGAAUGAUUUGAGGGCCACUGGUUCUUCAGUUUUCAUACGGUUAUGUGUUCUGCCCUUUAUAAGUAAAAUUGAUUAUUAAAUGAUAAAUAAAGCCUUUAACUUCUUGUUGUGACUGACUUGAAACUCCUCAACAUUUUGUGCAAUAUUUACAUUAACAGAUGACAAGAAAGUAAAAACUUAUCGUCUUGUGGAGGACUAUAUAGCAAUUUCGAGUUGAACGUUGAACCUAAUCCUAGAUUGUAUUGGUUUUGCUUUACUGUGCUAUCUGAUUGGUCUAGAAAAUUCGUGCCAAUCUAUUAACCAAUCAGAGCUAAAAACAAAACCAAUGGUGCCUCGGUCACAGGCCGCUUGAGCGCGUGUGCUUGUCUGAACUUUGAGUUCUCAAUGGCUUAAUAUUUUCCUUGGCUCUGAUUGGCCGCUUUGGUUACCUUUGUUUGGCUUUUACAUCAUUCAAUCAAAAAGUGCUUUAAGGCAUUUACACGUACAUACAAUUCGCUUGGUGGGAAGCAGAGCUAACCUUAUUUAAGCGUCAAAGCAUUCUAUAAUAAUGGUGACCUUGCUAAAUUGCCACACCAAGAAAAAUUAUUCGUAACUGUGACACUCAGCUCAUCCAACAUAAAAUUUAAAUUACGUGUUCAAAUGUUUAUUGGUGAUUCGAUCAAAAUAACAUAUAUUCAUUGAUCCGCUCUAAUAGCUCUACUGACUCAUUUUCUUUCCAAGGACCGAACCCUGAAGUACUAACGCUACGUGGCCGUAAUAUCUACCUGUACCCACCUGAUGAGUACGUUGGCAUGGACACAUCACCACAACCCCCCGAGGAAAAGCUGCAGCUGGAGUGGGUGUAAGUUAUCGAAUUCGUCUUCUUUUUCGUCUGUAUUAAUUUAGUUUUAUAUACAAGUUGAAAUAAUUUUAAUAAAUGGAUUUAGCUUAGCUUAAAGCGAACCUCCAGUUAGUUCAUUUUCCAGCCGUUUACUUUUUUAAAGAGUUUAUUCAAGAAUAUUUAGGGAACAGCUGUCCCGUAAUUGACGGAUCUGGAACCAAGGGACGAUAUUCCCACAACUUGCAAGGCGAUCAACACUCAUGCCAUUCAACGGUAUUUUCAAGCCGCUGAAGCUUUCAUCGAUGUUCCCGAUGUUUUGAAUUUUAUUACAAUAUAUGCAUUCAGUGCUUUCAAUUGAGUGUCGUGAAAUCAAAACCCGAAAUAACCAUUACAGCUAAUCAGAGAAAAAUUAACGUCACAAGGAACCAAAAGGAAGUAAUGUUAAGUACCCUUACGGGUAGUCGGCCUCGUUAUCGUGUGCUUUCUUUCCACAACACACUUGAUACAUGCCAAAAUGCACGUGAUACGUACAUGCAGCCUUGCCGCUCCGGUUCCGCUAAAGAAAUUGGUUAAAUGAACUUUGUUUUGGUUUCGGUUUUCAGCUACGGUUACCGCGGCAGAGACUGCAGGAACAAUCUUUUUGUGCUAAGCACAGGAGAACUCAUUUACUUCACUGCAGCAGUGGUUGUGUUUUAUGACGUACCCAACCAUAAGCAGCGGCACUACACAGAACAUACGAAUGACGUCAAGAGGUAAUCGUCUUUUAAUUAAGUAGUUCCUUGGCGAAUAGUAUUAUUCACGUUCCUGUACAUUUAUCCAUAAGUGCCCAGGUGAGUUACUGAUUCACAAUAGCUACAAGCUAAAAGGCAAUGCGGUAGCAUAAGCGACUCGGACUAUUUUCUACUUCCCCCUGGACGGGAGUGCAGUAUGCCAGGUUCACUGUAGCAUCUCGUCUGGUUUUCCUGUCGGUUUGCAGUCACUCAGUCACUUAUUUUUAACCUGAUCCCGUUUGUUCAAAGGGCGGUCUGCGUUGAUCUUGGAUCAAAAGUUAGUCUUGGGUUUGAUUUCUCUUCUUUAAAAGCCUCCUUUUUUGCAGGGUCUCGUCUUGGUGAAAAGCAAAACUGAACGUAAUUAGUUUUAAGGCCAAUACACAAUUUGUUUUAACCCAAGGGUAGCGUAAUUGUGUUUUGAAAGACGCAGUUAUGGUAGGGGCACCCCGGUGAAGUUCUUCUUUCACCUCCCAAUAAACGAUUGGAAAUUCUUCCUUCUUUCGGCAAUACAUAAAGGACAAUAUUUGUUUAUUAAAUACCUUCGAUGACUUGAGAUUCGCAAUUCCAAUGGAAAUGUAAAGCGGGUAUCAGGAAAGAAACAGACUUGCCGCGAAAUUUGUCAACUUUUAAUGAUUGUACCAAUAACAUGUUAAUCAUAGUUUGUGUGUCCACCCCGAUGGAGUUACAAUUGCUACAGGACAAGUCAAAGGACAUGGUGAUGACGCCAGGGUAAGUGUAACCGAUCAACGUACAUCUUCUCCUGCUCAAUCCCCGUACAUGGCAUUUUUUCAAAGUUUUGAGAAUUGAGUUUAUUGAUCAGUUCCUAUGCACGGUUAUCAGUCUAAGAAUUAGUUUAAUUUUUAUUUUCGUUUUUUUUCUAAUCAAUUUAUAGUCGCAUAUCAGAAUUUGGGAUUCCAACUCUUUAGAAACAAUCUGCGUUAUUGGAUUGGAUUAUUUCAAAGACGCCGUCUUCGCUCUUGCAUUCUCCAAUAAGGUGAGCAGUCUACGGGUUAUCAGAUAUUUUUCACGUGUCUCCGUUAUUUGCUGUGCUCAUAAUCACAUGCUUGAAGGCCGCCUCUACCGCCGCAGCCUGGGUUCUAUUCCCAGACCUAACACCACCUGCUGGUUAAGUUUGCUGUUUGUCCCAGCCCUUCGUGAGCGGUUUCUUUUCCUGGUUCUCUUGGUUUUUUUCUCUCCACAGAAAACUAGCUUGCCCAAUUCCACUUCCAAUUAUACUCAGCGGACGUAGAGCCUAGUGGCCACUUAAAUCUAACUUUGAAGUACUAUUUAUUUCUUUAUCUCUUUAUUUAUUUAUUUUCUUCUGUUUGAUCAAUGCAGUAACGCUACGUUUCUACUUUCAUUUCAUCAGAGAAGCCAAGGAGAGUAUCUUGCAUCAGUAGAAGAUAAUGAAUAUCACACUGUGACCGUUUGGGACUGGAAACGAAAGAGAAAAAUUACUUCUGCCAGGGUAUGAUAACAGAAAAAAAGAGAAGUUUGUAUGUUUGGUUUCAUUCAAACGUACGUUAACGUCCACCCAGGGAUGUUAGUAGGACGAUCGGUACAUUGAUAUUCCUAAUCAAGGACCUAUUUAUGUUUGCUGUCUCUUUUAGUAACAGCUCAUAGACAAUAAAAAAACACGAAAACAGAAAAACCAACAAAAAGGAGCAACAAACAAAAGCGAAAACAGAAAUUUAAAACAGUUAAGAGAGUUUGGAAUGCAGGCACUGUCUACAAAGCUCCUUCGAUUGUUUGUCAAAUAAGGUGCCACGAGAAAACUAAAUGAAUUUGAAACUGCUGAACAUUUAAAUAAACCACUUUCUUUGGAUUACAGGGUAACAUGGACCAAGUUUUAGCGGUGAGUUUCUCUCCGUUCGAGAGCCAUCAGUUUGUGACGUGCGGUAAGCAACACGUGUCAUUCUGGGAAUUGGAAGAAAACAAACUGAAGCAAGCGCGAGGAAGAAUGAGUGUAAGUCAACUGUUGAACUCAUUUUUCCCAUUGAUGAAGCCGGGGUACACGAGAGGUUUAACGAUACUUGUUUGAAGGAGUUCGUUUGGAAAUAUAUCGAAAGAUGUUUUAUCUGGAGUCUUGCUCGUUCCUGUCUAGCGGCGCACGCAUGUGCCCCUUUGUCUAACUAUUUGCCUGCUUGUUUUUCUGAUUCUCUAUUUGUUUAUCUAUCGUUCUAUCUGUCACUGUCGCUCAAUAUUGCAGCCUGCAAACAUCUUACACGUACCGGCUAUUUUGCAUUUUAUCCGAAGACAAUGCUUUCUAGCUUUUGAGCUUCUAAGGCUAGCCAAUUAUAGACAGGGAUGGAAAGACUCGUCUAAUUACUCCAAAUAACGCUGAUGAUACCCUGUUUUUAUGUCAAUAUAUCAGAAAAACCGCCGACCAAAGUACGUGUCAUGCAUCGCUUUCUCCACAAACGGUGACGUCAUUACAGGAGAUACAGAUGGCGCCAUAAGCGUUUGGCCCGAGGGUUUGUGUUUUUCUUUUCUGUCACUUUUUAACCUACUGUUAAAUAUCAGGCUACAAAUUUGACGGAGUCGCAUAGCUUGUUACUUCAGAUGGGGUAUCACAUAGUUUUCAGGGGGAACGGAAGAGGGAUCACUCGUCGCCAACUGAGUAUAGAGAGGGGACUAUGAAAGAUUGACUGCUAAUUAACUACCAAUGAAGGGGUAUCAUGAGGGUAAUUCACAGCCUUUUAGAGGGAUCAGGUAAAUUUUAUUAUGACGCAACCAAAAUCCUCCGCUCCCCUUCCCCCCUUAGGCCAUAAAUAAUUAGCGGUCCCUAAUGAUACAUUUUGGCCUUGGCAGAGGUGACAGGUCGUAGUUCUCCACGGAUUGUAGUUUUAAAAUUAUUUCAUGAGAAAUUUAAUUUUGCUCUUAUGAGGGUCGGGGACUGAGCUGCAAUUUCGAGAGAAGGAUGAAAUGGCCGAUACAAUGUAGCACAAGGCAAAGAUAUUUUUAAUGUUGCAAUCAUAUUUCAACAGAAUCUAACCAAGUUGCGGAGGAGCUUGGAGUAAGGAACGCUCAUUCUGUAAGUAUGGACUGUGGAAUGAAGCGUGCUUCAAACUGAAUUUUUCAGUGAUUUUGAUAUUUUCCUUGUUUCUAGGGCUCCGUCUACGCCUUGCUCGUUCUACCAAACGGUGUCAUACUUUCAGGGGGAGGUGGCGAGUCGACCGUGAGAGCCUGGAAUAGAACACCAAGAUUGGUCCCGACAAAUGUCGAGCUUAAGGUUGGUAGGGAAGAUGAUGAAGUCAAGUUUUCAUGGGUGUUGCGAUCUUCUGUAGAGAGGAUAGACUAUCACAGGUUUUCCCCUAUCACCAUUUCUUAUAAUAUCUUACAGUUCUCUAUUGCCCACUUGUAAUUUUAAGAGGAGACGCAUUGCAAGUGUUCACUUUAAUAAAAGUGUCUUUCCCAAAAUCACAACGUAAUGAGCACGGGCAGGGCUUGAACACUUGGCCUCUGGUCUUAAGCCUUAGUGGCACACUGACAUAUCCUAACCUAGGACCGAGCUUCCUUGGUGGGGACCGAGGAUAGCCACUGAGGAUUACCUGACUGCGUCUUCUGUUGAAUUUUAUAAAGACUGUUAUGACUGUUUACUGAUUUCUUUCGGUAGAUGCCUUGGGAAGUGAGCGGAGUACGUUGCCUUGCCUUAGAGACUGCGGAAACUCACAAACUCUACAUCGGCACAGUGGACAACAACAUCUGGUGUACAUCACUCAAUUCAAGCUUAGAAUCGCCUCUCGUAGGCGCUGGUGGCAGACUUGUCAAAAUUAUGGAGGUUGGUGAUAAAGAAUCUUAAAGGGCAUGUAAACCCAAAAAACGUUCAUUUUCUUUUCACAUAGAUGUUUAGUAAAUAAAUCAAGUACACCAAAGGUUCCAUUCGUUUUUUCUCAAAAGUCCAUUUUCGCUUUGUAAAAGCUCUUCCAAAUUCGAAACAUUCGCCAUCUUUCCUGUGACGUCACGGGUGGACCCUACAAAGUCUUGUUUUAUAAUCGCGUGAGGCACGAAGGAGUCUUUUCUACAGCCGUUGUUCGCCGGUCUCGUCAUGAUUUUUUACUUACAGUUUGCUUCAAUAUAUUCAAUUUUUUCGUAAUGGUAAAGCGUUGUAUCGUCCAGUUUUGUACUGAUUUAAACAAAACUGGGCAUACAAUGCAAAUAUUUCCAAAUGACGCAAAUUUGAAGCGACUCGACGAAAUCGGCUAUUUUCACUUGUACAAAUUUCACAAAUUGUUUGUAGCAGUAAUUUUUCUUCCUGGUGCUGUACCGAAGAUUCAGGCCUUACUAGAAGCAAAUUAUUCGGAAGUAUAAAAACGACCCAUACAGUCGGUAGACGACGAGGAUUCGGAAGUGGCCGACCGAACUGAGAAAGAAGUUGAGCUCUUCAAAAGUUAGAGGUCAACGGAGACAGUACAAAAUCGAUUUACAUGAAAACGUUUCGUUAAUUAAACAACGAUAGCUUUAUUGGUUCUCUAAAAACAUCUUUUUUCUCAUCUAAUGAAAGAUUAUGGGGAAGCCAGUUGUUCGGGAGCUAGCGCUGAGCCCAUAAAAGACACUGACUCCUCUGAUCCUUUUCCUGAAUUCGAAACACGUAUCAAAGAAAGAGAAUUCGUUGAUGUCAGUGUGUAAUAACGUGAUCUGGAAUUUUGUUGGUUCGAUGCAAAGAAUUCUAUACAGAAUCCCAUAAUCAACCCUUAUGUUCUAUAAGAAAAUACAUGCCAGCCCCACUUGGUGCUUCCUUUGAGAAACCCUGCAGAGAAACAGCAGAAGAAUUUGUGUCACGAUUUUCACAGCAGUGAAAAUACAUUCAAAGGUCAGUAGGACAAUAUUCAUCAUUUUGAGUACAACUUAAAAGAUCCUGAUUUCAGCUUGCAAAACUAUCUUUUCAGUAUUUCAAAUCGAAGCAAACACAAACAGGGUUGGAUAAUUAUGAAGGCCUCACAAGGAAAUGUAUAUGGUACAACUUGUUUAUCGAUGGAAAUGCUUCGGAGAUGAAGGAAAGCAAUACAUAGAUAUCUCAUAAAGAACGGGCAUAACCUCCAGUGCUGUAAGACAUAAAUAACUAAGAUCUGCAUUAACAUAUACCUUUGUUUCUCUCAAAGGUUUGGCGGUUUUAAUCCAGUGUAAGGCGAUCCAAAAUCCGCUGGAAAAAUGUUUCGGAUAUUGUUUAACGCACAAGAUGGCACAGCGACCCAGAAGUGUUUGCCGAGAUAUUCCCAACACCAACGAACAAGCUAUCUGUAGGCAAUUUAGCGAAAUUUCCUGCCAGGAAAGAAGCGAAAAACAACUAGUUCUAGUAUUGUAUUAUUAAGUCAAUGGCAAAAACAACCCAAGCAAAUCGAUCUCAAAAUGUAACAAAACAGAUGAAACAGAAAACAUUUAGCUCACUCGUUUCCGGUGUGAUUAUCUGUGCCUUGCUGCUGCCUGUACGCGCAAUUGGCCGUCUACAGCACCCAGAAAUCAAGGCAAAUUGACUGAAAACCUGGAUGCUCAGUGAUACAACUUAUAUGGGUUUCAGGCCCUUUCUACUCUACUUUUUGCCACAAUUGCCCGAUUUCUGUACAACAACACUUUCAUGAGUUGUCGGCAUUGGUUGACAAGUUCCACACUCGCACCUUUGAUAAUUUUAUAUAAAACACUCUCAGAAGCUCAAGUUUAAAAAAUUUCUGUUGCAUUCUUUUAGAUUGUACCCUCGCUUUAUUGGAUUUUCAUGUCAAAUACAAAUAAAUCACACAGUAAAUUAAAUACCAGUCUGAGUUUCCGAGACGGUCGCAUCGACAUGUUCUGUACUGUCUUCGUGCGGAUCGCUUCAGUGAACCCUACGCGGCUCAUAUUGUUAAGAACGUGGCCCAGACUCUCCUGAAGAUUCUGGAUUAUCCCCAUCGCUGUCAUGUACUAAGCUUAAGGCAUUCGAGUCGCUAUCUUCUGAAAAAAUAUCUUCCAAACUACCGCUACUUACACGAACUCCCACACCAGUUCUAUUGGGGAAUAUGUGUUGCGCAAUAUUUUAGUUCCACCGCUUACGUCACGACUUCUCGCUAUUGUUUUUACCGGAAAUGGAAUUUCAGUUGAAAAUGCCGAUUUUCUCCUAAAAUAAGUCGAAUUGGACAAAACGAAUUUCAAAUUCGUUUUCUACGCCACUUUUUACACAGUAUAAGAAAAACAUGUAUUUUUGGGUUUACAUGCCCUUUAAUGGUGUAAAUCGCACAACAAAGGUGUGUGCUGUCAGCGGGCUCAAUCGACUACAUGCAGAUAUUCACUUAAGAUUGUUAACGCUGGAGCUGGAGUAUGUUUGAUCGGUUCAGCUGGUUAGGUUGUGAAAUUGCACUAAGUUAAAAUCAUCAUUAUUGUCACUAUCGUCAUCGUUAUCGCUAUUGUUGUCGUCAUCGUCAUCAUCAUCGUCUUCAUCGUUAUCGUCGCCAUCUUUACUGUUGUCGUCAUCAUCAUCGUUACUGUAGUCGUCAUCGUUAUCGUUAGUAUCAUCGAUAUUGUUAUGGUCUCUUGUAGCGUUGUCGUCUUUGUUAUUGUUUUUCAUUUCGUUGUUGCUAUCGUUUCAUUUAAGUAAUAAAAUUGUCGUUAUCGUCAUCAUCGUCGUGAUAGUCAUCGUUACCUCUAUCGUUAUUGUGGUUUUCAUCGUUAUUGUGGUUUUCAUCGUUAUUGUUAUCAUAAUCAUUAUUGUUCUCAUAAUCAUCAAUAUUAUUAUUAAUGCUAUCAAUCUGUUUUAUAGGGGCAUUGUCAAGAUUUAAGAGGACUAGCUACUCAUCCCAGCUCUCCAUUGUUUGUCACGGCCGGAAGUGAUAAGAUAUUACGAUUGUGGAAUGCCGCUGAACGUCGGGUCAUGUGGUCAAACAACAAAUUGGUGAGUGCAUGAGAAAGUCUAUCGUUCUAUUUUAAUCCAUAUUUUUAAAAAUCAAGAAAAUUAUUAUUUUUAAGGUAAAGAGCUAAAAGUUAUUCACUUUUGUAUAUGUGAAACCCAAAUAAUUCCUUAUCUGAACUGAGUCGCAUUUAGAAGCGCUUAAAAGGAAUAUGGUAAUUAUAAGAACGGACAUGAAGCCCAGAGGCAAUGAUAGUUUCUUACAGUAUGCUCGCUUAUAAUGAAGUUUUCAAACUUUUUUUCCCAGACUUCAGAGAUGCGAGCGGCAGCUUUUCAUCCUGACGGCAGCUCCAUUGCUGUUGGCUUCAAGGCAGGAGGGUGAGUAAGCACAAGACAUAGUUAGUAUGGAAAAUGGUAUGUGAAAGCCCAAAACAAAGAGCAAAAACAAAGGUAAAAAAACAACGGUAUUGUGGUUUAUGUUGGAAGUUACGUGACCGUGCGUAUCUUUGCAAGUUGUUGUGUCACAUGUUGUUAAUGAAUUUUUUUUUACUGGGCUAUUGGCCAGUUAGUUCGUCAUGAUUGGACGACUAUUUUGAAACAUUUUGUUAGGUCCAAAAAAAGCCAGCAACAAUCUUUAACUCAAGGAUCCAUUUGAGUAUGUCAACCGAAUUCCCUUAAAUUACUGAACCUGAGGACUAUGUAGUUCAUCAAAAUGUCAUCCUAAUGGUGCAACUUUUUGUGUCACUUUUCAGGUGGAUGUUGAUAAACUCGUCAACUGGAGAUACCAUUUUUAUUCGCAAAUCUGAACCUCCUGAGAAAAUAUCAGAAAUUCAAUUUUCUCCAGGUAAAGUGCGAGCAAGCAACUUUGGGUCCACUACACAAAAUGAUAAUUUUCACCCUUUUUUGGUCGAGACUAGUACCUAAAUUUGUGUGUGUUUUAUCACUAGAUGGAAGUCAUGUAGCUCUUGGUUGUCAUGACAAUGACGUCUACAUCUAUGAACUGCGAACUGAGGGAAGGUCUGUAUCUCUCAAGGCUCGUUGUAAGGUAAAGACUUGAGGAUUUGUUUGUCUUUUGUUUGUAGUUUUGCGUGACUUUCUGGUGCUUACCCACAGCCCAACCGUUAAAAUUACGGACCCGAGGGACGGCAGCUCGCAAGUUUUUAGUGCAUCUAUAAGUAUUUGUUGUUAAGCACUCUUCAUUAACAGAAUGAAACAUGGUUAUAUGAACCGGUUAUAUAUUUUAUCGGUAAUAGGAAAUAUGAACUUUCAACUGCGUGAAAUUAAGAAUCAAAAUCGACCACUCCGUGUUUUUCUAGAUAAAGUGAUCAGAGUUUUUGUUUCCCUUUCAUUCACAAGUUAAUGUUGUCAUUGUCGCAGGGUCACACAAGCUCAGUUAGUCACCUGGACUGGUCCACAGAUGGAGAAAAACUUCAAAGUACCUCAAGGGAUUAUGAAUUGCUUUUUUGUAAGGAUUGCUGUUGAUUCACAAUUUAUUACUUUAAAAGAGUGAAACUAACUUUUGAAUGAUUUAAUUAAAUUCAUUUUGAAUUAUUAUUAUUACCAUACACAUCACCACAGUGACCUCCGUUACCUUUGCAGCCACUAUUGUUGUUACUGCUACUAUUACCCAUUCCAUUACUGUUACUUUUACUGUUAUCGUUACCGUUAUCGAUACCGUGAUCGUCAACGUUAUUAAUACCAUUAUCGUUAACGAUACCGUUAUCGUCAUGGUUAUUGUUAGUUAUUGAUAUCGUUACUGUUAUUAAUGCCGUUAUUAUCGUUAUCGAUACCGUUAUCGACAUCGUUACCGUUAUCGAUAUUGUUACCUUAUCCUCUACCAUUACGUUCCUAUCACCACUACCAUCGCUACCGUCAUUGCAAAUGAAACUAUCGUCAUCAAUAUUGGCAAUUUUUUCCAACCAGAAGUGAAAUUUGUUUGCUAACAUGAUUACUCCAUAGUAUGUUUAAGUGAUACUCAGCUAAACAAUUUUUUUCGCUGUCAGGGGAGCCUCUUCAAGGAGAGCAAAUAACCCAGACGGAGAGCAUGCGCAACACAGAGUGGGCCUCGCACAACUGUGUCCUGGGUUACACUGUCAUUGGUAAGUAGCAUGUUCGCAAUGUGGUUUUCGCCUGCAAUGAGUUUAGCAGUAAACGUCGUCGGCAGAACUUCUUACGAUACCCUCAUUAUUAACUGGCGUUUGCUGCUGUAAACGAUAUGAAACCCUCCUAUUUCACGUUGGAAAGUGGUAGAUUACUUGCUUGAUUUAGAGAAUCGCAUAACUUUCGGGUAUUAUAUAUACAGAUAAAACCGGUGGCGUUCCCUUUAAGUCACCGUCGAUAUCUGACAAAACAAUCGCACUGGGCGACGCAAAAACAAGAAACACCGUGUCUAGCUUUAAUGAUCACUGUGUCUAUUGACCCGUACAGGAAUUUGGCCGGACGGGGCAGACGGAACUGAUGUGAACUCUGUGGAUCGCUCUAGUGGAAAGCAUUUGACAGCUACGGGGGAUGACUUUGGCAAUGUUAAUCUGUACAGAUAUCCUUGUGUCAGUAAGAAGGUAAAAGCUCGAUUAAGUUCAUUUUUUCGGCACCCUUCUCAUCACUUUUCGCCUGCUAAAAGGGGAAAGAAGAUUGCUUGUAUUCUGUUAUUAAAUCUGUUGAUUUUCCAUUUUGUUUUAAUUACUUGUUUUCUUAUGUAUAGGCUGAGCCAAGAAUUUUUCAAGGUCACAGUGCGCAUGUCAUGAAUGUACGAUUCCUUCACGAUGACACCCGACUAAUCUCCGUUGGUGGUCGGGAUGCGAGUACACUGCAGUGGAGGGUUGUGAAGUCUUCUUGAUCGUUUCAGGGGCUACGCAAUGGACAGGAAAGCGUUUGUUGGAGGUUCUUGUAAAAUGCAUCGGAAUGAGCGAAAGAACAUUUAGGCCGGAAGCAAGCGUAUUAUUCUUAAGCAAUUUUGAUAACGUAAGUUGUUUAUGAUUGAGCAAAAGGUUUCAUCAGUUUGCUAUCAAACCAGAACAGAACGAAGUACACAUAAAACAGUAACUGUCGCUGGUUUUCAAUUAAGUUUACCGGGGGUAUUUUAUUUAUCUCAUUAGUCUCAUGUCGGUCUUUCAAAGCGAGAGAUUAGAACGAGCUAGAUCGGCGCCAUUCGAAGGGGUCAGCCUAAUGGCGGUCUUGGCGCGCCUCCUGCUUAUGACGACUGGAAACGAGUAAGGUCUUGUAGCAGUUUACUAGUAGUAAAUCGCCGAGGCUUUAUCUCUUGCACUGCCACAUCGGCAUAUUUUGGGUAUUUCUUCCCGACGUUUUGGAGGGGAGAGAGAUAUUUCUAAUGAGGCAGAGGACAGCAGGCAAGAGUAAGAGGAGGACAGCUAGAGUCUCGCCUUGCUCCCUCCCAUCACUAUACACCCAAACCAAACAUGACCCCUGUCACGAGCUUCUUACGUGGCAAUACACUCGCUCUGCAUAAUAAGACACCUGAAAUUCAGCGAUCUCAAUCAGAGUAGUCAGAUCGGCCUUUCUUUACUAGCUCGUGGCAGACUGAAACUAAUCUCAUCUUAUCCCGCGGUAUUUAUCUUCCGUAGAAGUCUUCUAAAUGUUUACAUAUAGUAUCAUUCGUAAUCCACGAGAUAAAUCGUUCGUCAGACUAUAAGUGUUACAUAUAUACUUCAGUACUUCUUGUAUCCAAGGGAAGGUUUAAUAAAACCUAUGAAAUCAAGGUGAAUCACGCAUUCAUCAUAAACAAAUCAAAAUGUAUUUUAAGGUAGAAAACUUGGCUUUUUUUAAGAAAAGGCUUUUCAGUUCCAGGCGAGGUAGUUAUGCGGAGAGGAAAAAUAACGGAGGAUUUGAACGGGUCGCGCUCUAUUUACCAUCGCACACUUGGAAAAGGCUUGUCUAAGUGAUUCUCUGGGUAUUUUGGGAUAGUGCAAGAGCACGUCUCGAUCAAAUGUCACUAAACCCAACGAAUCUCAAAGGCCAAGAGCAUACUCCAAGGCGUUGAUAUAAUGAGAACUCUUGUUGAACCCCUAAGGGAACUUCAGUUAAUCCUUCCCCACUUCCGAUUGAUCUCACGAUAUAACUUGAAAUCGCUAUCAAUUGACCCUUUAAUUCCCAAGAUCUGAUUGUCGAUUCUCCCUUCUAGCUAC